AUGAGAAGUAUCGUCGUAUUUGCCGCUUUAGGAAUAAUAGGGGUAUUCGGACAAACAUGUGAAAAGAAAUGUGAGGCGACAUGUGAGCAGAAAUGUGCGAAUAAAUGCCAAAGUAAAGUGAAACCAUCUAGAUGUGGAGGACCUUGCAAAUUCUCCACUGAAUGCAAAUACGAAUGUUGGUGUAAUCUGGGAAUAUGUGAACCUAUGAAAGAUAUUGGGGAAAAUUGCACGAAGAAUGAUGAAUGUAAAGGUCUUUCCAAUUGUGUGCCAUAUGGAAAUGGAAUAUGUGAGGAGACAUGCAGAAUUGACAGUGAUUGCUUACGAUACGAGAAUGGCAAAAGCAAGUAUUGUACUGUUGGAGGCUUUGCGGGAACACAGAAAGGCAAAUGUGAGAUGAAACAUGAGCUAGGGUAUCGCUGUGCAAGAAGCCCAGAAUGUUCAGGGAAAAUGUAUUGCAGGAAUGGUCAAUGUCAAGUUGCUGAGGAAGUAGUCAUCUGUAGUCUGAACUGCCACGGACCAGACCCCAGGAAACCCGAUAACAUAAGACCAGGAUCUAUUGUGAACAUCACCUACUCCUGUACAUUUAUCCGAAGGGCGGAGAUGGGACACCUCAAUUUGAAGGCCGAUAUAAAAUUAGAUAACGUGAAGAGACUUGGCAAAGUAUUAGGUUUGUCACCACAGUAUUUUAAUGGAUUUGUCACCAAGAAAGCCAGGAAAGGAGAGUUCAUUGCAAGUUUGAAAGCUGUAAUGACACCGUGUGUCAGCAACAAGGACAGCUGUCAGGCGAACAGAAAAUGCAUACUAAAUGCUGGACAAGUUUCUACUUAUGGAGGAACAUGCAGAUUCUCCCGUGAAUGCACACAGGAACGUUGGUGUAAUCAGGGAAUGUGUGAACCCAUGAAAGAUCCAGGGGAACGCUGCAGGUCGAGUAAUGAAUGUAAAGGGCUUUCAACAUGCGUGCCCUUAGGAAAUGGAAUAUGUGAGGAGACAUGCAGAACUGACAGUGAUUGCUUACAAUACGAGUACUGUACUGUUGGAGGGAGAUGUGUAAUGAGACGCGAUCCGUGCGAGAACGUAUAUUGCUGUACAAGAAGCCAAGAAUGCCCAGGGGAAAUGUACUGCAGGAAUGGACAAUGCCAAGAUACAAUUCGUCUUAGUACAGUUGCUGAGGAAGUAGUCAUCUGCAGUCUGAAAUGCCACGGACCAGACCCCAGGAAACCCGAUAAUAUCAGACCAGGACAUAUCGUAAAUAUCACUUACUCUUGUACAUUUAUCCGAAGGGCGGAAAUGGGGCACAAGAACCUGAAGGGCGAAAUAAACUUAGACAACACGAAGAGACUUGGCGUUGUAAAAGGUGAAUCACCACAAUACUUCAGUGGAUUUGUCACCAAGAAAGCAAGGAAAGGAGAGUUCACUGCAAGUUUGAAAGCUGUAAUGACAACGUGUGUGAGUAACAAAGACAGCUGCGCGGCUAACAGAAAAUGCACAUUGAAUGCUGGACAAUAA